AUGGAGUCUACCUCAGUCAAUGAUAUUUACGCUACAAACAUACCUCAAUGUGCAGAAAUUUUAAAAAACAAAAACACUAAAUCCAGUGGAGAGAGCCACCUUGAGAUAUGCGCGUUCAUCAUGGAUAUAGAAAAGAUGGCGCAGAAGGGAAUGGUAAAUGAGGCGUACAAAGAGAAGCAUGCCAACUCGCCAAUCAAUACUUGUAUUAAUAAAAUAAGCAAGAUAUACAGUGAAUUUCUUUUCGAAGUAAAAGCUGCCACUAAUGUUAAGACGACUGGAGAUCGUUGCCGUUCUGCCAGGGAAAUUAUGAAGAAAUUUUAUGAAUUAGACCAUGGAUAUAAUUCACUCAACGAUGUUGUCAAGAUUGUCAAUCGCGGAUCAUCACAUUACACAUCAACUUUUAUCCAUGAUCCAUGGUGGACACCGGAAAUGGACGUCCGAAAGUCCAUGUGCGGGACUGUGUCACCAGCACAUUUUGGACAUGGACCGAUAUUAGAUAUUUUUUGGCCAGAAUUAACAAGUGAUGUGGCUAGCAUUAAUGCAGACAAAAAGUCAGGUGUACAGUAUUUUGCGCCUAUUAGCGUUAGGUUUUAUUAUUUCAAAAUAGAUGAUGCAUGGCCUCCUCAAUAA